AACUGGGCUCAUCGCGCCACUGUGACAACUCGCAACUCGCAAUUCAUAACGGCUGCACCGCCGGCUGCCCUAUCUUGGGUCAUUUGCCCGGCCCCGUUCGCAACCCAAGCUGGCGUCCGCAACUUCCGACCCGAUAAUUAACGACAACAUGUCCGCCACCGAGAUGGAGGACCCUCGCGACUCAGUCGACACCACCUCCGCCAAGCUGGAACCCAGUCCUCCCAACGGCGUUGAGGCUCACGAGGCUGACGAGAUACCGCCAGCCAAAGAUGAGAGUCGCCCCCCCAGCGUCACCAAUAGGACAGAACCAACCCCCGUGGCCGUGCCUGAAGAUGAUGACACUGCCGAUGAAGUUGGUCUUAGUCCGCCGCCUUCGAGCUCUGUUUCUAGUGUGAACCCUGAUGUGCUGGGUGAUGAGAUCAUCGUGGGUACCGGACCCCGUGCAGGUCCUACCAAUGGUGGCAAGCCCUCUCUGCUUCGUGUGGUCCCGGAUCACGAGGACGAGGUUAUGGCAGAUGUGGAAGAAGAUGAUGAACCACUGACUUCUCACUACCCAAAGCGCAAACGCGCAUCCAUUUACAACGAUCUUGGCGAAGACAAGCUAGAGGGAAGCUUGCUUAACGGUGCUGAGGAUAUUGGGACGCCUGUGCCUUCGGCCUAUAGCACCUCGAGACGCCAAGGAAUUCCUGGACCUGGGGUCAAGAGUGUCAUUCUCGGUUACUGGAGAGAUUCUCCCGCUCCCGUGGAGAGUGGCAAGCACGCAGUAAUCGGCUUCAUGGAUGUGCGUGACCGCCUUCGCACACGUAUUCAGAACGUCACCCGUAAAGGCGAUGCCAUCAACUCGCGUCUGUUCCCGAUUCCGCCCGGCCCUGGUGGUAGCUGGGUCACGUUUGAACGUAUUGUCUUUGAUGAUCACCUCGUGCUUCUUGACCACAAUGAGAUCAAGGAGUACGUGAAACUCCGCCAAAACUGUGAAGAGGCCACACCCGAGGAAAAGCACAAAGCAGAGCUUGCUGCAGUUGAAGUGGCUAAGGCUCGCCUUGCCGUCAAGCCUCCGCCUGAGACCAACCAGCCUGUUCCCAUCGCAUACGGACUCUCCAUCCCGGAAAAUGCCACAAAUCGCCCCGACAAGCGUCGUCGCAUCGGUAGUGUUGCUAGCAAUAUCAGUACAGGCCAACAACCUCAGCCUUCCAUGGCCAUGGCUCAACCACAGCAUCACCAUCAGAUGCAGCCACAACCACAGCCGCUGCCGCAGAUGCAGCCGCAGCCGCCGUUCCCGUCUCCGUCCUCAUCUCAGUCUCGAAUGCCGCCACCCAUGCCGCAUAUACUCGAGAAUCUUCCCGGCGCGCGACCCACGCGCAUUCUCGUGGGAUGCUGGAGCAGAUCCCCCCCUGCUAGGGACGAGGACAAGCAUGCAGUCACUGGCAUUCUCGGUGCCAACGACAUGUUUCGUGUUAAGCUCAUGAAGGAGACUAUGGACGGCCGGCCUGUUGAUGCCGAGUUCCCUACCGGUGCAGGCGCGUUGUGGAUCCCGUACGAAGAGGUCAAGUUCUUGAAUCAUGUCAAAGAUCUGACGCGUCCUGAGAUGAAGGAAUAUUGCCGCGUCCGCCAGGCACAGAUCGACGGCGGAGAGACCGAGGAGCAGCGCGUUUCUAACGAGACCAAGGCAGUUUACGAGGCACAACGUCGUGCUGCUGCUAAUCCCAAGGCAGCUGGCCCCGCCGGUGCUGUGGGCUCCCGUAACAGCCUUAACGGACCAACCCCCGUUGAUUACAAUAUGCGCGACAGUCCCAAGCCCGAGCCCAUCCCAAUGCCCGCCCACGAGCUACGCCACAGCCGACGCGACAUGAUGCACAACGAUGGCCGUGGUGGCCGCCACUCGAUGCCCGAGGCCGACAUGCGCCCAGCAAGCCGCACCCAAAGCCUUGAUCCUCUGGAGCGUACCAACAACCUUGCUCGUCGUGAGGUGGCCAAGAUGGAAAGUGCUCAGUUGCGCCAAGAGCGCCACAACGCCCACCGGAUUGCCAUGUCCAAUGCUAGCUCCGCCGCUGCCGCUAAUAAUGCCAUGCUUCAAGAGAGUGUUGUUCGAAUGAACGAGGUCUGGCAGAAGCAAGAGGCGCAGCGAAUGCAGGGCAUACAGAGCAUGCAGCAACAACAGCAGCAAAUGCAGACAAUGGGAGCCGGCAACAGCGACGACAUCAAGAUGCACGAAGGCAUGAGAUACGAACGUAAGCAGACCGGACCUUUUGCUGGAAAACUCGUGAGUCAGGGCGUCAUCAUCAGCAUUGACGGCGAGGAUUACGUCGAGUACCGAGUGCUCACGAAGCCCACGUUUUUCUAAUGAGUCUCGCUCGCCAGUGUCUGAUUGACCCAGCCAUCUGGGGUCAAAACGACAGCUAAUCAUUUGCCUGAUGGGCUCACCUGCAAGUCGUUGUAUAUACGCAUUCCUUUCUUGCCGCGGUCCGUCCGAACGACGCGGCUGUUUGCCCUUUGGUCUCCUGUUCUGCAUCGGCUAGGAUUAAGUUGGCUUUCCAGGAAUUGCGAGA